GGAUUUCGAAGGCGUCAUUUCCCGACGGACGGAUGAGCGAAGAGUACCGCGUCGUGGUCGUCAAGGCGACCAACCUCGUCGGCAACGACGGCUUUGGCGCCAACAAGACGUCCGACCCGUUCGUCGAGCUCUCGUACCUCAACAGCAGCUUCGAGCCGCUCAAAGCCGAGACGCGCAAGACGCGCGACGUCUCCAAGACCAUCAACCCGCUCUGGAACGAGACCUUUACGAUCGGCAACGACGUGGAUUUGCGCACGGUCACGUACCUUGCGUGCACGGUCUACGACAAGAACCUCUUGAAGAACGUGCCGCUCGGGCGCGCGCUCGUUCCGCUCGAUGCCAUUCGCACCGGCGUCAUGGCCGGCGGCGCGUUCCAGCACAAGUGCGUCGUCGAGAAGUUUGGCAAAAUGCGCUUUGCGACCGGCGACUUGUUUCUCGAGUUUAGUGUGCACCAUCCCGGGUCGUCGGCGGUGGCGGCGCCAGCGAACGGCGACGAGCCGGCGGCGCCCGUGACCGGCCCACCGAAUGUCCUUCACGUGACGAUCGACUCGGCGACGGGGCUGCCGGCCAUGGACAUUGGUGGCACGAGCGACCCACUCGUCAUCAUCACGUGCAACAAGACCAAGCUCAACACGACGACGAAAACCAAGUGUGUUGCGUGCAUGUGGAACGAGUCGUUCAAGCUGCCGGUCACGGACGUGACCCAAGACGUCUUUUUCGUUGUCGAAGAUUUCGACUUGACCGUCAACGACUUUAUGGGGCAGGCCAAGGUGUCUCUCGAGGCGCUUGGCGACGGCAAGCCGCGCACGGUGACGCUCGACCUCCUCGACAAGAAAUUCCGAAAAAAGAAGGACCUGGGUACGCUCACGGUCACGUUGCGCUGGAUCUACUCGGCCAACGUCACGGACGUUGUCGCCUCCAACAAGAAGAAGGCCGGCGGGAUCUUUUCCAAGAUUGGGAACGCGCUCACGGGCAACCCCGACGCGGGCGACGACGACGAGGAAGGGAUCGACCCCGAUGCGGACGAAGCAGCGCCCAAGAAGAGCGACGACGAGCUCAAGAAGGAGGCCGAAGAGAAGGAAAAAGCGCUGCAGGAAGAGAAGAAAGCGCUCGAAGACAUCAACAUCAAGUCGGGCGACUACUCGAUCCAAGUGCAUGUGAUUGAAGCCCGGGAUCUCGUGGCGAAAGAUGCGACUGGCACGUCCGACCCGGUUGUGUACGUGAGCGUGCUCGGCCAGGAGCAGCACACGGCCGUCAAGAAGCAGACGCUCUCCGCGGUCUGGGACGACACGCUCAUCUUUACGUUCCGGAAUUUGGACAAGGACGAGGUCGAGGCCGGCGCGAUCAAGCUCAGCAUCAUGGACGCCAACACGCUCACGCGCGCCGAGCUCAUUGGCGAGAUCCAGUUCGACGUCUCGUUCAUCUACUCGCAUAUCAACCACCAGAUCUGCAACAAGUGGCUCGGCCUCAUUGCGCCGGGCCAAGAAGGCGUCCAAGGCUACCUGCGUGUCUCGAUCUCGCUUGUGGGUCCCGGCGACAAGUUUGUGCCGCCGCCGCCGGUCGGGCCCGACAGCGCGGGCCUCGACGCCGUCAUGAUGCCGUCGAGCGUCAAGCAAGAAGUCAACUUCCUCGUAUGCCGCAUCCACGUCGGCGAGCAUUUGCCGCCCAUGGACAGCGUCCUUGGCGGCUUCAAGCAAGGCCUCGACGCGUACGUCCAGUGCUCCUUGGGCAACACCAAGCCGAUCCGAACGCGCGUCAAGACCAAGAGCGGCGAGCGCCACCAGCUCAACCCGGCCUUCAACGACGAGCUCUGGCUUGUGUUGCACGAGCCGAGCUUAGCCAACCAGAUCGUGGUGUGCGUCAAAGACUGGGACAAGGUCGGGAAGGACGAGGUCGUCGCGCACUCGUACCAAUCGCUGCGCGUCAUCAAGAAGCUUGGUGGGCGUAUGGGGCCCACGUGGCUCAACUUGUACGGCGCGCCGAUCGCACACGCCAAGGGCAAUGUGCUCUCGGGCGACACGGUCAAGGAGCAAAUGAACACGUUUCCCGACAUGGCCACGUUUUACCGCGGCCGUAUCCUCGUGACGUUUGAGAUCCACUCGAACGACAAGAAGCUCGAAGAAGUCAACCAGCGCGUGAAAGCGACGCCUUUGGCGCACCACGCGUACCCCGAGACGGCCAUCUACCGGCUCCGCGCGUUCGUCGGCCUCGGCUCGGACAUUCCGCAGAUCACGUCGCUCGCAUCUGGCGCAACGCGCAAGUCCAAGAUGCAGAUUGUCAUCACGUGCGGGCUCAACUCGCUUGAGUUUGAGCGACGGGAAAACAACAAGGGCGUCGUGGUCUGGAACGAGCUCAGGGAGACGGACAACCUCGUCUUGCCGCGGGACCCAUCCCAGAUCCCCGACAUUUUCGUGUACCUCUGCAAGGGCAAGGUCGACGGAAAGCUUUCGACGCGCAAGCAGGUCGCGUACAAGCGCUACGCAGCCAAGGACCUCUUGGAGAAGAACAUGGUGUCCGAGCCGGCGUGGGUCACUCUGAAAGAAGACCCGGCCGUCGACGCGCUCAAAGACGAAGUCUUUCCGGGCAACAUUUUUCUCAACCUCGGCUUUGGCUACCUCGACACGUCGAACGCGACGGUCGACAUGUGGAACCGCCUGUGCAACCAGGAAAUCCUCGGCACCCGGCUCAAGUACCAAGUCCAAGUCAACAUUUUCCAGGGUCGGCAGCUACCGGCACUGGACGACAAUGGCUUGUGCGACCCGUACAUCAAAGUGCGACUGUGCGGCCAAGAAGAGCGCACCGAAGUGAAGAAGAAGACGCGCGACCCGCUGUACUACCAGACGUUUUGCUUUGACGUCGACCUGCCGCCUGUCGAGUACAUUCAGUACUCGCCCCAGGUCAUUCUGCGCGCGAUGGACUGGGACUUGGGGCUUGGCGACUCGUCCCACGACUACAUGGGCUCGGCGUUCAUCUCGCUAAACCAAGAGCACAUCCGACGCCCCGAUGACCCGCGGCCACUGCCUCUUCCGCAGUGGUACAACCUCAUGCAGCAAGAAGCAGGCGACACGGAAGGCUCGAUCCUCGCGUCCGUCGUCGUCAUCAAGAAGGACACUCCUGAUAUGAUUCUGUCGCCACCACGCCCGAUUGCACCCAAGAUGAUCACAGCGUACUUGGAGAUCAUCGUGCUCGGUCUCCGGGACAUGCGUCCGUUCCAGUUCCUCCCGAUUCAGCUGCCGUUCGUCGAGUUUACGCUCGGCGGCAAGACGCAUGCGAACCAAGAGAUGAAGACGGAGACGUCCAAGCGGCCGACUGGCGACAACCCCAACUUUCUUCAGCGCAUCGUGCGCGAGGUUGAGCUUCCGGAAGACUCGCUCUUCGCGCCCAUGCUCAACAUUAUGGUCCGGGACACGCGUCUUGGCGGCUGGCUCAAGCCCACGAUCGGGAAUGCAUCCAUUGAUAUGACGACCAAGCUGCCGUGGGGCCAAGGCUACAUUCCUCCGCAGACACCCGACUUGGGCUGCGUAGCCAGCGCCGCGCCGGACGACGACGACGACGAGAUCGACUUGAGUGAUGACCAUGCGCCGCUGCUCAAGGAGCACCACGCCAAAGGCGAGAAUGGCGCGGGUGUCUUUGGUGCCCUCCACUCGAUGAACAUCUCGAUCGACUUGGAGAACCCGAGCUUGCUCACCGAGACGGCCAUCUCGGACGAGUCCCCGUCGCCCAUGAUGCGGCGUGGUAGCUCGGUCUUGAGCUCGCCCACUUCGGACGACGUCGUCGAGGACGACGAAGGCGCCGACGAGUUUGAGAUCAAGAAGAGAAAGUACAUGAAGAACCGCGACGACUACAACGAAGACCUCGAGUCGGCGGCGCUCAAGACCAAGCCGUUCGAGACGUACGCGCUCUCGAUUGGCCAAAAGAAGAGGAAGAAGUCGGUGCUCGACAUUCUUAGCGUCGGCAAGCUCAACCCGUUCAAGCUCGUCGGCAACACGGUGAACUCGGUGAAGAAGGUCGCAGGUCUCGGCGGCGCGAGCGGUGGCGGCGACAGCGAGAACGGGCUGGGCACGUUCCACAUUGCGGGCAUCUUCAAAGGGCUCGUCCGCGUCAUGCGUCGCGAAGACGAGCCGCCGCUGGUCGACAUGCAAAAGCUCCUCAACCCGCAGCCGUAUACGCUGCGCGUCUACGUGUUGAACGGGACGGGCUUUGCGCCGAUGGACCCGGGCCUCGAUGGCACUCCCGGCAAGUCGGACCCGUAUCUGAUUUUGCGCCUCGGGAAGCACAAGAUCAACGACCGGAAAAACUACAUCGACGAUGUCGUGGACCCGGACUUUUACAAGUUGUACGAGUUCCACUGCCAGUUUCCCGGUGUCGCGACGCUUACGAUCGACGCGUUCGACCACGAUUUCAUCGGCGGCGACGAUCUCAUUGGCUCGACACGGAUCGACGUCGAAGACCGAUUCUUUGACAAGCACUGGCACGCGCUCGGCCACGCCUUCCAAACCACCAAGCGCUGGGGCCCCAAGCCUGUCGAGCAGCGGACGCUCACGAUCCCGACGUCCCGGGCGCCCAUGGGCCAGCUCAAGCUCUGGAUCGACAUUUUGACGCCCAAGGAAGCCGUCAACUUUCCGCCCGCGGACAUUGCGCUGCCGCCGCCGCGCGAGUUUGAGCUCCGCGUCGUCAUUUGGAAGACAAAGGAAGUGCCAAACGCAGACGAGAUCACCGAGAUGAACGACCUCUUUGUGCGCUGCGCGCUCGAAGGCAGCGACCACCAGGACACGGACAUCCAUUGGCGGGCCAAGAAGGGCAAGGCGAGCUUCAACUGGCGCAUGAAGUUCAAGGUGCUCCUCGGGCACAAGCAGCACAACUCCAAGUUCCCGUACUUUAAGCUCCAAAUGUGGGACAAGGACGUCUUCUCGUCGAACGACUGCAUCGCCGAGGGCAUCUUGGACAUGCAGCCGCACUUCCGGCAAGUGUGCAAGCUCCAAGCCCCGUACCAAAUUUUCCAGAACAAGACGCCGCGCCCAAAAGAGACGGCAAGCGAAGCGCAAAACAACGACGCGAUCCGGUCCAUCAAGGAGGCCACGGGGCUCUGGGACACGGACCCGACCGACUCGAGUUGGAUCAAGAUGGAGCGCAUGAACCGCGCGACGGGCGUCAAGGACCCGAUGGGCGCCGUCUGCAUCAGCAUGGAACUCGUGCCAAUCGAGAAGGCCAAGACCAUUGCCGUUGGGUUUGGCCGGAGCGACCCGAACAACAGUCCGUUCUUGCCGCCGCCGGCCGGCCGCCUCAAGUUCAGCAUGAACCCGUUCUACGUCUUCAACGAGCUCCUCGGCCCAAAGAUCUGCCGCCGCGUCAUGUGCGUCGUGUGCUUUGUCGCGCUCGGUGUCAUCAUGUACUUUGCGGGCCCGAUCAUCAACCUCCUCAUCGUCAUCCUCAAAUAAGGUCGCGAUCCUCUACAUGCAUCCAUUCGCUUUUGAACAACUCUACUUCAACGCUCGUUGCUCACCG